AUGGUGCUGACUCGCGCCCAAGCUGCUGCUGAAGCCGCUGCACAUGCUGCUGCACAUGACGACGCCCAAACCGCAUACACCACUGCCCAAGCUGUGGCCUUGUCUGAAGCCCAACCAGCUCCCGCCCACACUGAACAUCCAUCCGAGAUCCGAUACGUAUCCCCUGCUGGGCACGGCUUCAAUUAUUGUGAAGACACCGCCAUCGUCCCACAUAUGGCCACACAGACGCCAGCGCGAGAGCUCUCUCCAAACGCAACCCAACGCGUCAUAAACAUUGCGCAGCACUUCAUUACCCAAACCCAGGCCCUUGCUGAAGAACAGGCCAUGUUCCAGCAUCGUCAGCGUGGAGAAAACAAUGCACAAAACGCGGCGCUGAUGGCUGUUCAAGCUUCGACUGAAACAAGAGUCUAUCAGCUUACUGAACAACAACGUACACUUGCCAUCAGCUUGGUGAAGCUCUAG